GGGAAGUUCAGUUUGUUGACAUCGUGCGACGAAAGCUUGGCUUCGUGUCUAAUGACACAUAUAAUGAAUGGAUAUAACUGACUUCUGCUCUGUGAAGAGUUCAGUUUAUUGGUUUAACGUCUUGUUUACAUGAUCUUGCUUUGGUCCAAGUACAUUCACCAAGACAAGUAGCAAAAUGUCUCAGCUGCAGCCACUGACCCAGCUCCAACAAACGGCAGAGCCCGGGCUGAACGUCCAGGAGAUGCAGCUCUGGCUGGACAAAGCGGUGGCUUGGGGCCAGGCUGACAGCCCAGACACUCAGAAAGACACCUGCCUGCACUUGAGCAGACUGAGGGAUUUCCUCCAGCAACUCCUCACACAUAUCAACAACAUGAGCUCCACAACAGAGACCAUGAAGAGGCUGCCCCUCCUCGGCCAGUUUCUUGGCCGACUCUGCUGGAACCCUUAUGUCACUGCUGAUGCUACAGGUAGAAGGCUGUUGUUCCAGUGUCUGUGGGGACUGUACUCGGAGAAUCCAGGCAAUGCUGUGGAAAGAAAAGCUAACCAGUGGAUACGGAAGGUGCUGUGUCAGCUCGCUACAGAGGAAGACGAUGCUCCAGCGCAGGCAUUGAUGACACAAAUGGGUGUUCCACCUAAAGAGUACCAUCUCAAAGUUCUGAUGAAGAUGGUGGCACUGCUGCAGGAAAAUAUUGGGAAGAGCUGCAGUUCUAUGGGCCACAUGAAUCAGAGGUGUUCAUGUGACAACAUUCUGGCCACAUCAGAGGCUUGUGUCCCCCUGGUCACUUGUCCUGAGGUUGCUCCUCUCAUUGGUGCGCUGCUGCAGCAGCCAGUGACAUGUGUCAGAGCAGAACUUAGUGAAGACUUCCUGGAUGCUCUAAGCUCCGCCUACUCCAGCCAAUGCUUGUCACUGGAUGAGCAGACUGUAGUCUCCCUGUGGUAUCACAACCUGUCCAGCCUGGAGGAAGCAGUGCUCAGUCUGCUGGAGUGUGCUCUCACCAACUCAGGGUCAAAUCCACAGAAGCAACUGGAACAGUCAUUGCUGCCUAAAGCCUGCGCUCAGCACUGCUCCAUAUUCUUGGUUGUAAACGACAUCUUCAGGUCCAUCCUUAAGCAAGCCGAAGGGAAAGAGUCUGUAAAGUAUUUGAUCCAAACCUUUACCAGCUGUUUCCUGAGGGAACUGGCACUGCGGCAGCAUCAGACGAGUUUACCUUUGAAGGCCAUGUUCCCACAGUCCCCUCAGAAUCUGCUGCUUCCUCUCUUGACCCGGCCAUCAGAGAUGCCUCAGGAGGCUUGGAGACAUCACUUGAACUGGCUCAGCGGCUCAUUACAAAGACUGACAGAGGAGGAAGAGGAGGGAGACAGAGACAACAGCAGUAGCACCACCAGAUCAGGGAGGUACCACAAAGUGUUCGAGGCCUGGUUCCUGCUGGUUCAGUGUGCCCACUGGGUGCAAGUGGCUGUCCAGCUGCUGGUGACAUCAGAGCCUGAGGACUGUGGCCCCCUUCUGUGGCUGCUGAUCUUCUACCACCACCCCACUAACAGGGGACACAACAGAGCACUACAGCUGGUACAUGGCAAAGAAGCAUGGGACCACCUACACUCCCUGUUCUUGGUCUUAGCUCGUCCUCUUCCUAUUGACCGCCUGCAGUCAUUGGUCACUCUGCUGUCACCACAAUCUCAGCAACCGUCACUGUCUCCAUUAUUGAUCCUCAACCUGUUAGUCAACUUUGCUGUUUUUUCCCAACAAUCCCUGAGUGCAUCAACAGAAAUUUUACAGACGGUGGUGCAUCGGUCUGGUCUAGUUGAUGAAGCAGCUUGUGUUCUCAACUCACUGGAGCUCAGACUUAACGAAGAUAACUGCUUAUCAAGCGACACUAAAAGAGUUCAUCUCAGGAUCCAGGCACUUCAAAACACACUUACACAUAAGCAUGCAGCAUCAAGCCCUGUCGAGAACUAAGCACACACACACUCACACUCAGCUCAAGGUUUUUCCCAAGGCACCUUUGCAGAAUGUUAAAUAGCCACGGUCUUGUGGAGACAUGCUGCAAUGCAAUGACAGAAGUGUGUCAAAACAGCACAGCGACGACAGAUUAUGUGGAGAGGCUACAAUUAUACGCAAACACAUACACAUGACACAUCUACGAGGCCCACAAGGACACUUGAACAGUGACAGAUCAUACUGCAAAGAAGCAGCGGCUCGUACAAUGUGUCACAGUCCUCCCACUCAUAUAAUUGUCGCACAAUAUACAUCCUUCACGUUACACAUGCUGACUGAAAGACAUUUAUGUUUGGAAGACAGGAAAACCAAACGCCAGUUGUCCUUUUACCACUUUUAUCACUAUUUGUGUUGAAAUGUUAAAUUGUAUAAUGUUUAUAAGAAAAAACAUAUUCUGACAGUACUGAGUAUAUGACAAAAUGUAAAUAAUGAUAUGUCUGUGUACAUUUUCUAUUUCUUCAUUAUUUAUAAUGAUGGAUAUUGACCCUCCUUCUUUGGUUGAAUUUUCUCAUAUUUCUCUAUAUAAUCUGACAUCUUGCAAACAGUGGAGUCGCCCUCUGCUGGCCAUUAGAAAGUUUGCAAGUCUACGGAAAUUCCGCAUUGGUUUUACUUUUCAGAACUUGAGGUGGUCGCCUGUCAACCACCCUAAAAUUUUUCACCCAGGUUAACACUGUUGGCUCUCCUAAUACUCUUUCCGUAAUUUGAUCUGUUAUCGUUGUUACCAUCGUUAGCUGGGAGACGUGUUAUGAGUCAUGAGGAGGCAAAAUAUGUAUGUUUUUUUUUCAUUUUUGGAACA